AUGGCAUCAUUCAACGGAGAGGGUAAGAACUCAAAUGUUCUAAACAAAGUCCACUUGGUAGUCCAAUUAAUCAUUGAAAGUUGUUGUUAAUCUGGCGGUAUCUGUGUAUUAAAUAAGUUAUCCAAUGCCUUUAUCAUCAAUCAUCAGUCAGUUUUGUUUGCAAUUAUAUGGCUAGCUCUGUUUACAAGUUGCAAAGCCUAUUCAAACACAAUGCACAGCCUACGCAAAGGUGUAAGAUGAGUCUUGGUAUUUGCAGGGUAGGCUAUUGGUUGUCAAUGUUCUUAAAUGAAAGCAGGGUUUUAUCCCCUCUUUUCCUCAUCAACAGGAGGGAACCAUGUACUUGUGGAAGUGAGCCCAGAUAUCCACAUCUGUGGGUUCUGUAAGCAGCAGUACAAUAACUUUGAAGUAUUUCUUGCCCACAAGCAAAAUGGCUGCCACAUACCCUCCUCUGACAUAUCAGCAUCUAACUCUGCACCCACUCAUACAGGUAAGACCACUCUUACAAGAUGUCUUAUCCACAGGCUUGUUUGACGAGAUUACAACAUUUUACCCCAGACUCCUUAAAUAUACCAUUGGAACAAUGCAUAGCCUAUAUAUUUUCUCCUUGAAAUACAACUUGUUAUAAAGACAAGUAAAAAUGGGUUAUUUGGUUACUCAGUAACCAUGGUAACAGUCUGAUGUUUAGAGAAAUUACUCAGUUGUCUGGAAAUGUAUCCUAUACAGUCAGAAAUCCUUUCCACUUUUCCCCCCAGAUUCCAGCACAGAGUUUGUUUUUGAGGAAACCUACCAGACGUGUGUUAUGAGAGGUGUCAAAAAGAUCCUGACCAAAGCCUCUAAAACACCUUCCAAAAAAUUAAAACCUGCCCUGAGUUCAAAGAGACGCAGCUGCUGUUUCUCGGGUUGGUACCUCACUCCCUCUUUCCUCUUUUAUUACUCCUGUGACACAUACCUUCCAUGCUGCUGCUAGGGAGGGAGGGAGGGAGGGAGGAAGGAAAGGAAGUAAGGAAGGAAAGGAAGGAAGGAAGGAAGGAAGGAGUAAGAGAGGAGGGAGGGAGGGAGGGAGGGAGGGCGGGAAUGGAGGGAGGGGAGGGAGGGAAGGAGGAAGGAAGGAAGGAAGGAAGGAGGAGUAGGAGAGGAAGGAAGGUCGGAGAGGGAGGGAGGUCGUUCCUUGACGCAUUAAAGAAGGAAUCAUUCAGGAAUUCGAAUGAAGAAGGAAGGAAGGAAGGAAGGAAGGAAGGAAGCACAAUAUCCGCUGGUCAGUUACAACCAAUUGGCUCUUUUCUGGGUCAGUUACAUUUUUAUAGCUGGCUUUUACACUACCCAUUAGUACAGUAAAAUGGUCUUGAAAUGUGGUUCAAACAACACUGUUAUAUUCAGGGUGCAUGAAUCAAUCACAUUUCUAAUCAAAUGCAUAAUUUAUUCCUUUGCCCCUAGGUUGCUCUUUCAAGACACAGUACGGUCAAAAGGACAUGGAGCGGCAUCUCAAAACACAUACUGGUAUGUAAUAAUACCGGUGUCAUUUUAUUAUAAAUUAAAUUAUUGAUUUCUCAUCAUAGUAUGUAUUGCGAUUUUUAACAUUAAUUUGUCCUCCAAUCGUUGUGUGGGCCCAGGUGAGAAGCCGUUUGAAUGUGAGCUGUGCCACAAGCGGUUUAGCCGGAGGGACAAGCUGAACAUGCACCUCCGCUCCCACACGGGAGAGAAGCCUCACAAGUGCAAGUACUGUCCCUACGCUGCGGCUGACAGCAGCAGUCUGAAGAAACACCUCCGUAUCCACUAUGAUGAGAGGCCCUUCAAGUGCCAGAUCUGCCCCUAUGCCAGCCGCAACUCCAGCCAGCUCACCGUGCACCUCCGUUCACACACUGGUGGGUCUGCUUGGGUUGAUUACUACAAGCAUUGAAUUGGUAUUCACAAGUUGUAUAAGUCUGGUUAUCAAAUCUGGUUAUCAAAUGGUCUACAUUGUUUCGCGUUCAUUUGGGAUUGAAAUAUGGCACAUGGAUUUAUCCCGAUAUAAGACCAAUUUUGACCUCUAAAAAAGUCUGACAAACAUACGUUUUCUUUGUCUGAUGUUCUAAAAAUGUAUAUAUUCCUCUACUUUAGGGGACGCACCUUUCCAGUGCACUCGGUGUGAAGCAAAGUUCAAGAUCAACUCUGACCUGAAGAGGCACAUCCGUAUCCACUCGGGUGAGAAGCCUUACAAGUGUGACUUCUGUGACUACCGCUGUGCCAUGAAGGGCAACCUGAAAUCACACGUCCAGAUAAAACACGGCACGGCCAACUCCUUCCGCUGUCCUGACUGUGACUUCCAGUGCACCAAUAAAACAGCUCUGCGGCAACACUCUCGAGAGCACCAGCCCACUCAACCCAUCCAGUGCUCCAAGUGCACCUACUCCUGCUCCAGCAAGGGGGCGCUCAAGGUCCAUGAGAGGAUCCACUCUGAGGAGCGACCCUUUAAAUGUGACUUCUGCAGUUUCGCCACCAAGCAGCGCAGCAACCUGGUCAUCCACAAGAAGAAGAAGUGCCACGUGGACAAGCCUAAAAAAGGCACAGGUGUCAGUGGGAAAGGAGGCAAAGCCAGUGUCUGUAACGGAGAGGACCCUCCCAAGCCUGUGAGCUCCCGGUACCGGGCCAAGCUGGACGCGACACGGGCCUUCCGCUGUGACUUGUGCGAGGCGUCGUUCGUGAGGGAGGACUCUCUGCGAAGCCACAGGAAGCGGCACCAGGACUCAGACUCCCAGCAGACGCUCCAGCCCAUCACCUCCCAGCCCAGUGGUGUGACUGUGAGCCCUGUAUCCAGGCAGGACAGCCACACCACCCAGAUCCCACUCCACCAGGUCCCCCUGGCUCCCCUGGCCUCAGACCCCCUGGCCCCCUACAGCAGUGCCCAGCUCCAAAUCAUAGUAUCCCACCCUCUGGGUCAGGAGGGCUCCUUCCUUCCCCUGCAGGCUGGGGUGGGUGUGGACGUUGGGCAGCACCAGCAUCACACCAAGGGAUCUUCCACGGUCUUCCUGAGCCCAGAGACCCAGGGCAUGGUGGUGAACUCCAUGAUCCAGCAGGUCAACCUGAGCCUCACGCCCAUACAGCAGCUAGGAGCUCAGGGCCAGGUAGAGGGGGGUUCUCUGGAGCCUCAGACAGUCCUGCUGACACACCUCUCCCCAGGGGACAGCAGUAACCCUCUCCACCAGGCCCUACUUCAGUCAGCCAUGGCCUCCCAGGACUUGUCAGCCCACCAUAGCAGCACACAGACCUUCAUCACCACCUGCUCAGACCUGGAGGGCCUCAAUGCUCUCAUCCAGGAGGGGGGUACAGAGGUUACUGUGGUGACGGAGGGAGGGAACCACAGUAACCUAGUCACCACGGCCACCUCCAGGUUCCCGCCCCCGGACAUGAUGUGUAGCGAAGGUGGCCCCUCGGAAGACUUGGCCAAGCAGGCACAGGUAACAGUGGUGCACAGGGUUGGGGACAAUGGCAUUAACACCUGUGAGGAGGACAGUAGUCUCAUGGUCCCUAGCAUCAGUUUAGGCAGCCAGGAAGUGGUCAUCCACGGCUUGCCUCUGGUGGUGACUGCCCAGAAUCAGCCUGUUCUAGAACAACUCUCAGUCUCUACACAGAACCUCUAUUCAGUGUCAGGCACACACACCAUUGAUGGCCUCCAAGACUGA